AUGGCGGCCAACAACCUACGAAGCACUUACCAGCAAUACAAACACGAUACGGAUGUCGUGGCAUCAUGGCUCGCGACUACAGCCAAGUCAUUUGGCUACAACAAGCCCCUCGAACCACCUGCUCCCACGGAACAGAAAACGCAAAGACUCAAAGGCAAAGCCAGAAAAGCCGGAAAUACUGCGCAGAGUGGAUCAGACAAGCAGACGUCUAGUCCGAAAUACACCCUUGCUAUCAAGGAUUUCAUACCUUUGUCUGCUCACAUCGCCGGUGUCAAAGGCAGCAACGUAGAGGUUCCGGACUACUUCAACGUUGCACUCGAUAGAGUGAUCUCUGUUCGAAGUGCUUUCUCGAAAAAGCUGGCAGCUGCCGGCGAAGCCGUCGACAAGCCGUCUGAUGACCGUCACAGCUUUUUUGUCACUGUCUUGGAAAGCGUGCGCGACGCACUCAAGCCUUUGAUACGGACCAAUGCACUCGAUCUCAACAGCAUCAAGAAUGCCACGCCAAGGAGUGACAAAGACCGAGUCAGACAGACUAGAGUUCGCAAUAUCUUCGAAGUCUUGGAUGUGUAUGAGCCAUCGGCGGAGUUUCUCGCUGCACCAGAUGUCGCACCUCCGCCGAAGCCUGUGGAACUGGACUACACUGCUGAAUCGUGGAACGACUCCGUCAUUGAAGCCUUUAUGGCAAUGACCAUGUUGAUGGAUGACCUCUCUCGCCUUCGUGCUGAGAUUGCAGACCUGUGGGGUCGACAUCAUGCGGGAGAACUCGACCUGGCAACUGUGUCGGUAGCGACCAACACAGCAAUCCAGCUUGCGCACAGCAUGGAAGAUGAAGUCUACCCAGUGAUCAAGCAUCUGGUUGAAAGCGUGCCAUUCCACGAGGUGUACUUCUUGGCUAUCGCCAAAGAAGCUGGCGCUGAUCCCCAAGCGAAAGGCUGGUUCUGCUGGUCGGACGACUACAACUUCAAAGCCUACGACAUCGCGGAUGCCCUGUUUGUCAACGCCCGUUAUGGUCUUCUGGUCUACCUCAACAACAACAUGAACGGGCACAUUAUGGACUACAAUGGCAAAUGGGGUCGAUUCGACGAAAAUGAAGGUCCACCACCUAGAACGAACAGGGAAAAGUAUGCCCGCGAUAAGUCCACAUUGCAAGAGCUGUUCCAGGAUCUUCCCUUGCUACACAAUCAUCCGAUGGUGGUUGAGGACCAGUUUGUCAUCGCUUUCGAUGCUGCGCGGAAGUCCUUUGCAAGGGAAAACACAAAUAAGCAACCACCAAUCUGGACGUGCUUUGCUUUUCAAAUUUAUCUCGACAUUGUCUACUCUACCGAGGUUGGUGCGGGUUGGACACAGAUGCGCAACGAGUUUACUACACUUCACAGAUACGUUGAGGUCUACCCUAGAGCUUCUUCCGACAUGAGGAAAUUGGUCAAAUCAAUUGAAAAGAUCAUGAAGGUCGAUCCUCUCGCACUUAUCCGGGCGACGUUUACUUCUCCCUACAAGGACUAUACCAUGUGGCGUCGCAACCCCACACAUUGUGGUCUUUGGAUCCAUUAUGCACGAACCGUCUUCCACAGAGAAGCUGUCAAGUACGCCGCAACACCCGGGGCGGUCAUGUGCGUAACGCAAUUAUACCAUGCCCUGCGCCAGACUGAGCUUCUUUCGGAAGAGUGGAAGGAUCUUCAGACGCUGUGGGACAUGCAGGGAAAUUCGGCUUACUUCAUUGGAGAGCCCCCCAAAGACUUUGAGGGGCAUUGGAAGAACUAUCUCAUGGCUAUUGGUGCUUCAGCAACGAACUGGGCAAGUUCGAAGAGGAACACGAAGGUCAAGGAGACCAAAGCAAACGCACGUUUAUUGAAGUUCAAGGGUCCAGUAUCGGCCUGGAUGGCUUCACGUAUUGCAACAAAUGGCGACGAACGACUCAUCACAGCCGAAGCCAUUGAAGACGCGAUCAAAGACGGCGCAAGCCAUCAUUCGUCCCUCGCCGCUGUCGCACCUACCAUUCAAAGGCAAACCCACAUUAUCCAGAAAUUGGCCACUGCUCUCCACGCCGAGGCUCCAGAAAUCACCUUCGAUUACUUCACCAUGCACGACCUUUGCUGGGAGUUGAUGGGGAGGAUGAAAGAACGAUUCAGUCCCAUCAUUGCUGCCAAAUCUGGAAAACAGUGGGAAGCACAGAAAAGCAACCUGCCGUUUGUUGUUGGCUUCGUCUUCUCUACGGCCGCGGGCAAAAAGGAUAUCGAGACAGACGGUGUGCCUUCGGAAGAGCUGUUGAAGAUCGCUGCGCAGGUCACGAAGAAGUUCUUGGAGGAAGGUAAAGGUAGUGUGGUUACCGAGACUGGACGCCUGGAAGGACAUUUCGACUCAUUUGGGACAGAACAGGUGGAUAUGUGGAAAGCCGAGAAGAAAGACUGGAAGAUGCACAAGAUGCUUUGCAAGUCCUUCGCAGGUCUUGAGCCACGACCUGGUGCAGCCUUCUUCCGCGGUCUCCUCUUUCCCGGAGAUGAGCCUUUGCCACGUUUCGUCUGGAUCGAAUACACCAACGUCAAGGACUUCGCAUCAAUAUCAUGCGAGCCUUUCCUCGGUCGCAACAUGUUGAAUCACAUAUCACACACCUGGCCCACCCUCAAGCGCAUACCCUCGCACCGGGUCGGUAUCUACUAUCAUGACAAUUACAUGAACGAGAACCUGCCCACCACUCCGAGUUUGACCAAAUGGCUGGGCCAAGCUGCAGGCAACUACUUCCGUGGACCUUUUCUAGCCCACGGCUACGAGAAUGGCAUUGAGCUUGACGAUGAGUUCGAGUCCGGUGAGGGAGGGCCCUGCGAUCUUGACACGUCGGCUUUGGCUACUCUGUUGGCGUUCUUCCAGGCGCAAGGUACCCUUUAUCUUGAUAGGAAGAGGUUCGACAAAGGAUUCUCCCAUCCAAAUAUCAUCUAG